AUGAAGUUCCUCGCAUCACUUCUUCUGCUGGCUACUUCUGCCAUCGCAGCUCCUCUCACUACCAGACAGUCCAAAAACUUCCACCUCAAGUCUACUGGCGCCACCAAUGCGGAUCACAAUGACCUAUAUGUCUACGCCUACCACACGGGCGCAGGUCUCAACGACGCCGUUCUUACCAAGGACGCCAGCACAGCCAGUCCUUUCUAUCUGAAUGGAACGAAUGCACUCGCUGAUUUGAAGUCUGAAUUCUCUUGGGGACUAAUCGCCACCGGAAACACCAACUAUGGUUCCUGGGAACCAAUGGUUAUCAACGCCGGCAGCGGCGGCAGCACGGGAUACUCCAUCAAGGGCGACAACUUCCAAUGGUCGGAAAGCAACGGCUUUGGUGGCUGGCUGGUCUGUGAUUGGUAUCACAAUGCGCCCCAGCUGUUCUACUUGAACCGAUACUACACCCCCACCAUCCCCUCCAGCUGCUCCAAGGUCCAGCUGAAGGCUGAAUACGUUUAG